ACGGCCAUAUGCCAUCGAACUACCUGAUUUAAAUAGAAAAUUUCUAACAAUCCAAACAAACAAAUAUUGAUAUGGCAGGUCGAGAUGGAAUACCUCCAGAUAGAAAAGAUAAACAACCCUCGAAAUCUGACUCGAAUAAUGAAUCGGAAGGAAAAGAUCAAAUCGUAAAAUUAGAUUUGGGAGACGAUAAUUUGAGGAAACAUGAUAAUCACAGGUUAGGAAAUCACAACACAGGAGCAGGAACAAGCUCAGGAGACUGCAGUAGAAGAGAAGAAAAUCCGUUUUCAUUAAAACACUUCUUGAGAAGUGAUUCCAGUUACCAGAAUAAGGGUGCUCGUCCCAAAGUUUAUUGUGAUGGUCGUCCUGUGAAAUCUGUGUUAGAUACACAGCAGGGUCAGCUUAUUACUGAUAAUCCCUCAAUUUUACCUGAUUUUGUUCAGGAUCAUCUAGUCAUAGAACAGAGUUAUUUAUCUAAUGGGCCAACUCAAAACUAUAAUGCAGGUGUACAAUUACCAGAUUUUGCACAGAACAGUUUUGGAUGUAGGCAAAAUAUUGAGUUAAAUGCCUCAAAUAUGGAGACUAGUGGUGAUAUAGCAGGGUCUAUAAGGCCUCAAGCGGAUUUUCCACUUGAUUUGCCAUUAAAUUCUGGAAGACCAGGAACUUCAAAUGAGGUUGCAGUUUCAAAGAGUCUUCCCGAUUUUUUAAAUGAUGGUGCGGUUCGUUCUCAAAAUCCUGACAAUCUGUCUGGUAGUCAAAGUCCAGAAAUUCCAGAUCGAUUACAUAGGGAAUUGGAUCUACUCAGACAACAACUGACUGAACAAACUAAUAGAGCAGAUAUGUUAAAAAGAGAACUGGAGGAGACUAGAAACCAGGAAAACCGAUAUAAGCAACAUUUGAUUGAAACUUUAGAACAGUUGGAAGAGAAUUUAAAGAGAUGUAAUAGAAGGGCAUCCACAGCAGAAGCCACUGUUUCCACACUUCGACAGGAAAUAACCUUGCUAAAGAAGGAAAAUAGAGCACUCAAAGCAGAGAAUUUAGCAUGGGGAUGUAUGGAAGGUGCUACAGGAGGACCACCAAACCAGACGCCUAAUCACUCCCAAAGACUAGCCCAAGAAUUAAGAAAUGCUGCUAGUUCAGCAGAGGCUUCCCUGAGGCAACUUCUUUCUGGGGUUGAUAACUUGAGACUAAUGGCUUCUACUUUAGAAAAUAUGCAUCGAAUUGAAGAAAGCAAUGAACCAUUUUUGAGUUCAGAUGAAAAUAGUGGACCUGCACUCUGAUUUUAUUUGUAUAUUUUUACGAAAUUAUUCGUAAAAAAACCUAUAGAGAUUAACUUCUUUCUAUGUGAUUUAGCUUAAGUUUUAUCUAAAUGAAAUAGAACAUUUUUCAAAUUAUAUAAUUCCUUCACA